UAUUGUUACAAGUACUAAGCAACAAAAUCGUGAAUUAUCAUGUAAAAACAAAAAAUUUUUAACUUUUUAAAUUCUGUUUACAGUCAUAUACUUUAUCAUUUUAUAAAAAAGAAAUUCUUAUUCAGACGAUAUGGAGGUACUCAAUGAUUGUGCUGCCUAUUUAAGCAAUUAUGAAGUUUUGGAUAUGCUUCAAAAUAUAAAGUCAAAUAAGAAACAAAAAAUGACUCAGAAUCAAUUAGCAACUAUUACUUAUCAAACAAUAAGGUAUUUGGAAGAUACGCCUUGUAAGAAACAGUCUCCAGAAAAAAUCAGAAAGUUUUUACAAUCAAUGGAACCUUUUAAUUUGACGAAAUGUGAAAAGUUGACUUUGUUAAAUGUUUGUCCCAAGACAGCUCUUGAAAUACAAUUGAUUGUAGAGGACAGUGAAGAUCGUUUAAGCAACGAAGAAGUAGAAUCAUUAUUGGAAACAAUUCAAAAUUGUUUGGGAGAACAAGAAAAUGAACAGGAAACAGAAACAGGGUAAUAGUGAACCAUUCAAUUUCUGAAAUGUCAUCUAUAGAAUCUUCAUCGAUCUGAAAGUAAAUAAAAGUACAUAAAAAAAUA